AUGGAAAUAGCAACAGAUACAAAUGUGAACAGUGAAAUGAGUGAUUUGGUUCGACAAGCUGAAGAAUGGGCAAUUCGAGAUAAUUCUUCGAAAAAAGUUGAUAAUGAAAAAUUAUCGAAUUUGAAACGUAUGGAAAAUCGUAUCUUGACAAAAGCUGCUAUUUUGUUAUUCGAAAAAUAUGACAUCACUACAGUGGAAAAAUAUAAUGAACUUUUUGGAAACAAAAUAAUGGAAAAGGAGAAAGAGGCUGUUCGCAAAGAAAAUCACGAUACUGAUAUUGUUUUUUCACCAUUAGAUCGACAAGAAUUCGCAAGUAUUUUGAAAAGCGGAUGGGGAAUGGAAAAUGUUUCACCAAUUAAGGAGCAUGAAUUUCAGGCUUUUUUGAAAAAUGAUCACCGUGAAACGAUGACAUUUACACCAAAACGAAGAAAUUCAAUUCUAUCAAAUAUUAUUCCACUUUCUCCAAUUGUAUCAGAUGAAUCAUUGACAAUCGAGAAACCUGCAAAAUUUCGAAAAUCGGAGCCCGCUCUACCGAUUUUUUCUUCAACUCCAAGACAAUCUUCAAUUUCAUUUAAUCGUGCAAAUUCAUUCCAUAAUACGCCAAAAUACAGCACGGUAGGGAAAAUAAUAUUUGUUUGUAAUACUUGCAUUUUUCAGCCUGUACGUGUUUUGACAACACCAAAUAAGAGAAUGACUCCAAAAGCAGGGGAAACUCCACUCGAAAAUCGAGCAAGUCGACUCAGAAGAUUGAAAAUGGAAGAGAUGAAGAAAUAA